AUGCUGGCUUUGCUGACAGAGUGGGGUUUGCCUCGGGAUGUGGCGGAGGAGUUCUACAUGAUCUUCGGCGGCAACAUACUUCUCUGCCAGCAGGCAAUCGAUAAGCUUCUUGAGCAGUUCGAGCUUGGUGCAGAAGACUCCUUCGACCCCUUCAGCGUCCGAGGUACAGACGGGCUGGCUGGUUUGGCCAAAGACCCGCUCACCCGUGAACACUUGGAGAACCUUGCGCGACAGGGGUGGUCCCCCAUCGAGGAAGGCAGCGCAGACGGGGAGACGGAGAGCCAGAAGGGCGCCCGCAUCAUCGCCAAGAAGAACUUCGGCGGCGUCAUCAACAGAGAGACGACCACCUUUUUGGACCAAGACUUGAAGGAUGACAUGUUCAGCAACAGAAGCACGACGCAGGUGCUCAUCCCGGCCACAGGCUACCUGCGCAACUGUAUCAAGGUUUACGUUGAAGCAUGUGAGCCCA